UCCCAGAAUUUCACUAUUUUUAUUAUUAUUAUAAUAUUAUUCUCUCACGUAAUGGCGUCUUCAGCUCAAGUGCCUAACCUCUUCGGCGGCGCCACCUCAGCUCCGCCGCCAACUCCGGCGGCGCACCAUGACAACAUCAUGUCCUCAUCCGACGCCGCCGAUGCGCUCUCGCGCCUCCUCCAGCGCCUCCCGCCCACGCUCUCCCUCCCCACGCGCCUCCCCUCGCCUUCCUCCGCAGCCGCCACGUGUCCUCCCUGCCUCUCCCUUAACGACGUCCUCUCCUGCGUUUCCAAACUCGGUUACGCGCAACUCACCGAUCACUCAGUCCCCUCCGAACUCGCCAACUCGGCCGAGUCAGAAGCGCUGGCACUAUUCGACCUUUCGCAAGACCAGAAGCAGUCCUUGUUCCCCAAAAACUGGCCUCUUGGCUACGGAAACGAUGAAGAUGAAGACGAAGACGGGGUCGCCGACUCGUUCCGCUUCGACUCGGCGUGCUCGACCGAGUCGAGCGAGUUGGCACUCUUUUCCCUGCGCAAGUUCGCGCGUGAACUGGAGAAGCUGGGUUUAAUGAUCGUUGAUGAGUUAACAAAAGACUUGGGGUGUGAGAACCCGCUGGGUGAUGACCCGACCAGGGUAUGUUCGGUUAUGUGGGUUUCGGAGUCUCUGCCCGGAAACAAAUCGGGUGGGUUUUACCCGUUUGUAAUCGGGCUGCAGUACCAGAUAAGGAAUCAGAAAUACUCAUUGCUGUCGGAUUCGGGAUGGGUUUCUGUGCUGCCACACGUGGACUCCAUUUUGGUCACUUUUGGUGACAUUGCUCAGGUGUGGAGCAAUGGCAAGUUAAAGAAAGUGAGAGGUAGACCAAUGGCUACAGUGGGAGAUGAAAAUGGUUCGCGCUGCAUAACAAUGUCAUUGCUGAUAACUCUUCCUACAGAUAGCAGAGUGGCUCCACUCCUUCCCAAGGUAACAUGCAACAAGGACCAAAAGGAAGAAGAAAUUGAAGGAGAAGAAGAAGAAAACAAUGAUGGUGGUGAUGAAGAACUAGAGAAGAGGGUGUUCAACUCUUUUGACUUUGAGGACUAUGCUUGGAGAGUUUACCAUGAACGCAUCCUUUUCAAAGAUCCAUUGGAUAGGUACCGUGUUGUUUGAUCUUCUCAGCCAUCUAUGUUUUGUGUGAGAGAUUCAUUAAUUUGUCAUGCUAGUGUUAGUCUAGUAAGGUUUGAAUUUUGGAUGAGUGAAAGUGAAAGGGAAAAAUGAGAGGACCACAAUAAUGAGAUGUAUAUCAUAUGCUCCAUUUAUUUAUUGGAUUGAUUUUGAAGUUAGAGAAGUGUCACUUAGACACUUAUUUUUUACUUUAGCUUUCAAUCAGGAAUUCAGAGUUUGUGUCAGUUACUCUAGGGACUGGGGUCCAACUCUGCCAUGCCGAUAUUGACGGGACAGUACAGUGGCUUCAAUUAUAUAUCUUUCAAUGAAGUAUCAUUAAAUAUUGAAUAUCGUAA